GAGAGGCCUCGAGAGGUCGUCCAUUGUCGGUCGUUGAUGCUUCAACAUGCCGUAUGUCGACCCAAUCAACCAUGGUUUGGAAUGUUUGUAAUUAUCCAUGUAGCUGGCUCAGAGCUUGCAACACAGCGAUUGGCGGCUUUUUCGGUGGACUGCACCAGGACAGGGAUUGCUCGCACAGGACCUCUGAAGCCAUCGACGUCAAUCGUGAAGCUUUUUUGGUUUCCCGAUCAUGUUGGAACUUCCUGCCGGGGCCACCAAGGAUAGAAAAAGGCAAAGUGUAUCGCCCAAGGAGGGUUUCAUGAUGCCGUUGCAACAGUGCGGCACGGCACACCGCAAGGUGAACAAUCUCUCAGCACAGCGGAGGAGCAAAAAAAAAAAGGUCAGACACGCUCCAAUGAGGAAGUCGCAGCAGCAGGGGAGGCGACGUAAUCCCAAUAUCUUUUAUCGAACAACAUUCGCUUUUGUCCUCCUCCACGGACCUACAGAUCUCAAAGGGCCAUCUAGACUCACCAUGAUCAUUGUCAUCCCGGCCCCCAAGUCGGAUUCCCGGCACGACGACGACCCAAGGGCAGUCCGAAAAUGCCGCAAAGUGGGCGCUUUUCGGACGCCACGCGGCACGAAGGAGAAACUACUGUCGAUACGAACGACACCCCCAUGCCGUGGACGAUUCCCGAGAACAUGGGGUUCCUCCCUUGUAAUGCCGCCUGCCGCCGCCCGCCGCCGCCGCCGGCAAUCCACCAGCCAGCAACAGCGAGAAACCCCCCCCCCCCAACUGGUGUCUGACGAGAAUCGAGACAUUGGUCGGGAUGUGGCCUUUCUCAUCGAUUGAAUGGAUAUGCAAAUUUCCCGGAUCGUCACACGACGACGACGACGAAGUGCGCAACGUCAUUUCCCCGACCGGCCAUGCACCUCGACGGAAUGUCCCGCCAUACGCAACAGCCCGGCGCGGUCGUUCGGCAACCUGCGCACUGCGGGUUGGCUGGCUGGCUGGCUGUGCGGCUCACGCGCAGAUGAAUAUCUCACCACCGAGUGCUGUGCGGGAGUCACAUCGCGGAACGGAGCAGACGGACGGACAGACUGGCGCGCGAAAAGAA